AUGUAUCUCUUCAAAAAAGUAACUGGCCACUCUUCUCCAUCUUCUUCACAUCAUUCAGAAGCCCCUUCUCUUUCUCGGGCACAUUCCUCUGCAUCUGUUUCUGCAGCUGCUCUUUCUUCCACAUCAACCAAUUCAACAACUACAAACCAACAACAACUACAACAACUACAACAGUUUUCUCCUUCCCCUCCAACUCCGGCAGCUGCUAUUGCAACAGCACAUGCAUCACUAACUAGAUUUGUAGAUGCUGAAAGUGAUGCAACUGGUGUAUCUCUUGACGUUCUUGAACGUGCAAAUUGGAUGGCUAAUGCUCAUUAUUCAACCUUGGCUGAAGCUGCUAAAAAACAUUUGGACCCCGAUGCACGCGCUCUCCAAGCUUCUGCUGCUGAAAUCGAAGCUUAUGUCCAACAAGUCGAUGAAAUUGAAGCUUUUAUAAAUGACCUCGAACUUCUCACAAAAGAAAUAGACGAAUGGUCUCGCGAAAUAGAAGUCAAGUCGCGUCGCUACAGACCAAAAACAAAUUGA